ACACUAGCUUUCUUUCUUCUCUCUCCCAUUUUCUUCUUUUCUUCUUCUUCUAUUAAAAGGAUACCCCAGCAGAUCCAUUUCUCUUUGAUCUAACAAGGAAGAAAGAAAAAAUGGAAGCGUUUUACUUUCUGGUGUUUGGGGCAUUGAGUGCAGUAGUAGCUGCAUUGGAGCUGAGCAAAACAAGCAAAGAUCGAAUAACAACCUCACCUGCUUUCAAUUCUUUCAAGAACAAUUACAUCCUAGUCUAUUCUCUCAUGAUGGCUGGUGAUUGGCUGCAGGGUCCAUAUGUCUACUACCUUUACACAACAUAUGGAUAUGGGAAGGGUGAGAUUGGCCAUCUCUUUAUUGCUGGCUUUGGAUCUUCCAUGCUGUUUGGGACAAUUGUAGGAUCCUUGGCAGACAAACAGGGUCGAAAGCGGGCUUGUGUCACGUACUGCAUCACUUACAUUUUGAGCUGUAUCACCAAACAUUCUCCUCAGUACAAAAUUUUGAUGUUGGGCCGUAUAUUAGGAGGAAUUGCCACCUCUCUCCUAUUCUCAGCCUUUGAAUCUUGGCUUGUUGCAGAGCAUAAUAAGAGGGGUUUUGAUCAACAAUGGCUAUCAUUAACAUUCUCAAAAGCAAUAUUUCUUGGCAAUGGUCUUGUGGCUAUUUUGGCCGGGCUAUUUGGAAAUGUUCUUGUGGACACACUAAAUCUGGGUCCUGUUUCUCCUUUUGAUGCUGCUUCAUGCUUCCUUGCUAUUGGUAUGAUCAUUAUACUGUCAUCUUGGACUGAGAAUUUUGGUGACCCUUCAGAAAGCAAAGACUUACUUACCCAAUUCAAGGGUGCUGCUGUGGCAAUUGCUUCUGAUGAGAAAAUUGCAUUGUUGGGCGCUAUACAGUCACUAUUUGAAGGUUCAAUGUAUACUUUCGUGUUCCUGUGGACUCCUGCUCUGAGCCCUAAUUCAGAGGAGAUUCCUCAUGGCUUCAUCUUUGCAACUUUCAUGUUGUCUUCAAUGUUGGGCAGCUCCCUUGCAUCUCGAUUACUGGCUCGCUCAUCACUCAAAGUUGAGAGCUAUAUGCAGAUUGUUUUUGCAGUAUCUGCUGUCUGUCUCUUUAUCCCUGUCUUCACAAGUUUCUUGGUGCCACCUGCUAAUGAAAAAGGUGGAGGCAUUUCUUUUUCUGGCUGCAUUCAGCUUCUUGGUUUUUGUGCAUUUGAGGCUUGUGUUGGAAUAUUUUGGCCUUCUAUAAUGAAAAUGAGGUCCCAGUACAUUCCUGAGGAGGCUAGGAGCACAAUCAUGAACUUUUUCCGCAUUCCUCUCAAUAUCUUUGUAUGCGUUGUGUUGUACAACGUUGACGCAUUUCCAAUAACUGUUAUGUUUGGCAUGUGCUCGAUUUUCCUCUUUGUGGCAUCAGUCUUGCAGAAACGCCUCUCUGUUGUUGCUGAAAAGUCAAAACCACAAGAUUGGGCAACACACAAGGAGAAAGAAAUGGAAACGGCGCCCCUAAAUGUCUUAAGUUGAUGCAAGUCGCUGGACGCGUUAAUUCAGCAAGAUUAUGCAGAACAACUAUCAGUUUUCUAUACAAAAAAGAUCAAUGGGCAAAUAGGGUACUGCUUAUGAAAUACUACACCAGUGGUUUUUUCUCGUCAGAAGGAUAUGAAGAAGUUACCUUCCUGAGCUCAUGACUCGGGUUCACGUCAUAGUUGAAUCUUGAUGCAACAAGUAGAUUUUGAAACUAUGAUAAUAGGGGUAUCCUUCUAUCAAUAUAUGAAAGCUGAUGCAGCAUUGCUACACUGUUUUUUCUGAUAAUGUAAAAGCAUAUUUGCCAUUUUUGGUUUUUCCUUAAUUCAUUUAUAAAAAUGUCUAUGAUAUGUAGAAGACGCUGUUUACCUAGUGCUAUUAUAUUUACUCUGAA